AUGACGCUUCUUAUGCAAAUCGAAACUCCUCGAAACAAUCCACUGCCCCCUUUGCCCCAUCACUACUUAUUUCCCAAUCCAAGGCAACCGGUAGCUCGAGCAGAAAUUCGAAUAACUCUAAGGGUUCGUUCAGAAUCUCCUCCAAUACGACGUGUGCAGCUAGAUGAAAACGGCCCCCUGGCACCAUGUGGCAGCAACAAUGCGGCAACGGCUAUAACGCUACGUAGGCACUCAGUCUCUACAGUCGCGAGUCAAUACGCACCAAUCAGUUCUGACCAAUUGGAAGAGGUGCGGUUUUCUAUUGGUCCGCCGCCUAGUGACUCAGUCCCGCAUACUACGUGCGCACGCGACCUUGAGGCAGUGGCUACAAAACAGUUGCCUCCGUUGCAUCCACGUUCGGCCUUGCUUCGCGCAGUUGCUGUGACUGGAAACCAAAAUCAGACGCCAUCAAGUAGGCCCACGUCAGGAAAUUUUACUUCUACUUUCCUUAUUAACACCUCCGGUCACACCUGUGUGACACGAUCAAGGAGUUUCAAAACUCUUAGACGCUGCGAAUCUAUUGAAUCGAACCCUCCACCCCAUAAAUCUCGCCCUCUUACAAGGCACUCGAGUUUUGAAACAGGUUUACGUAAUUACUCUAAUAAUCGUGAUAAUUUGUCCCACAUUCCUUCAAAUAGAAGCUCAGAGGAACCAUCACCUAGAUCUCGAAGUUUUGCUUCUAUAGAGAGCUUCGUCGUUGCAAAUCCAAACGCCAAAUUACCUCCAGCCCAUCCUUCUACAGCCGCAAUUCAGCGGAAUGGUGUUGGUGUUGGCAUGUUAGCUGGCAAUAAACGACCUAAUUCACCAACCAAUCCACCACCUCAAUCACGACCACCACACGAGUUUAAUCCCUCUCCAGUUUUGGAACGUUCGGCUGUGAAUAGCAUAAUGACUGGCGGUGGACCAGAAUCGACCUCAUCACCGAAUCAGGUAUCUCAAUUUCUCCCGAAGGAAGCUGCACUUGCAGCUCGAAGGCCAGUAUCCAAACCCAUCCGUAACUAUGCUCGUAUCCAGUUGCCAUAUACGAAGGCUAGUUCAAGGACUAACAACCAUGUUAUGACGGAUAGUUUAAAGCUAUAUGAGGAACAGAUCUUCUCUCACCAGAUAUCUAGCGGUCAGAGACCGUUUUCUUGGUGUAUUGAGGUGGGGAGUUUGGAUAAAAGCAUAGGCAGGACACCGGAUGACAAUAACUCAUCUGGAUCUCCAUCUGCAACUAAUUCGUCUUCAACUAUGUCGUCUGCUUGUUCGUCUUCUUCCUCUUCAAAUGCUUCUCAUGCUGUUGGACCACCGAAAAUUGGGCAUUUUAACCGUCUAGCCUGUCUUCGACCUGGUAGGCUUCUUACUUGUCUACUCUUUAUCUAUCGAUCUCCUUAA